AUGGACACUAAUCAAUUAUGUGAGCUAGAGACGCUCUGUCGUGUAUUAUAUGAAAGUACGAAUGAAUCAGAGCGUACUCAUGCUCAACAAGCUGUUCUGAUUCUCCAAAGUUCUGCGGAAUAUAUUCCACAAUGUCAAUACGUCUUAGAUCAUUCGUCUUCACCUUAUGCGCUUCUUGUUGCUAGUACAAGUCUAACUAAACUCAUUACAUCGCAUUGGAAUAAUUUUACAACACCCCAACGUGUUGAUAUUCGCAAUUAUGUAUUGGGAUACUUGGCUCAAAAAGGACCAACGUUGGAGAAAUUUGUGACCACGUCACUUAUUCAAAUGGUCUGUCGGUUAACGAAAUAUGGCUGGUUUGAUGAUGAACAACAUCGGGAGAUUGUGGCAGAAGUGACGAAAUUCUUACAAGCAACAGUGGAUCAUUGUGUCAUUGGACUCCAGAUAUUGAGUGAAUUAGUCACGGAAAUGAACUUGCCCAUUGUCGGUCGAAACAUUACAUUUCAUCGAAAAAUUGCCGUCUCGUUUCGAGAAGAUUCGUUGUUUCGGGUUUUUCAAGUUGCACUCACUUCGAUUAAACAACUUCAGAUGCACAAUAUUGGAGGAGCGACGCCACAGCAAGAAGCUAAAAUGGGGGAUCAGGCACUAACGCUGCUUAUCAAGUGUCUGUCGUUUGAUUUUAUUGGCACAAAUCUAGACGAGUCAUCGGAGGAAACAGGUUCACUUCAAGUCCCAACAUUAUGGCGCUCGGUUAUUCAAGAUCCUGAUACUUUACAGCUUCUUUUUGACUUUUACUCGAUAACGAACCCGCCUAAUACGUCCAAGUGCCUUGAGGCACUCAUGUUGUUUGCGUCUGUACGUCGCAAUCUCUUUUCACCAGAUAAAGAGCGGAGUGUAUAUCUUGCCCAUUUACUAAAAGGUAUCUGCGCUAUCUUACGCACACAAGAAGGGCUAUCGGAUCAUCAAAACUAUCACGAGUUUUGCCGUCUGAUCGGCCGCCUAAAGUCGAAUUACCAGCUCACUGAGCUUAUGAACACGGAUUUAUUUGUAGAAUGGAUGGAUCUCACGCCGGAGUUUACGGUCAAGUCUUUUCGUCAGUGGCAGUGGUCUGCGAAUUCAACCCACUAUUUGCUAGCAUUGUGGGCGCGGCUUGUGGCUGCGCUGCCAUAUGUGCGCGCAGAAUCAAUGCCAUGUUCCGGAACUAUCAACUUUUUGGACUUGCGUGUGCCUCAGAUUAUUCAGGCGUAUAUGCAGUCACGCUUGGAAUCUGCUGAACAAUGUGCUCUUGAUGACACGCUGGACAACCCGCUCGAUGACGAGGGUGGUCUGUAUGAGCAACUUGAAAAGCUGCCAACGCUGUGUCACUUCAACUACCGACAGACUGGGGAAUACAUUGUGUCCGUGUUGGAUCCGAUUUUGAAUCAGUACGCAGAGGCAUGCAGCAUAUUAGACCAAACUGGCAGAGCUACGAUCCCGCUACAACAGCAACAGCAACUCGCAAGCAUGGAGAAUCGAGUAGCCUGGGUUGUCUACACUAUCGGCGCCAUUCUUGGUGGGCAGACAUACUCGUCUACGUCAACAGAAGGCAAUGAACUUGUAGAUGCAGAUCUCUCGCAGCGAGUCUUUCGUGCGAUGCAGUUGACGGAGCAUCGGAUCAUUGCAUCAGGUGGACAUGCAAAACCUAGCGUGCACUUUGAACUGUCGUUGCUAUACUACUUCAGCAGUUUUCGCAAAAGCUACAUAGGAGAGCAGCAUGGCAUGCCAUCGGCUCCUACGCCGUCGUCAGCCAUGCAGCUGGCAUCAAGUGGGUCGGUCUCGUCGCCUAUUAUGGCUCCUACCGAAAGUGUUAUGUCAUCGAAGCACAAAGCAUAUGUGCGCAUGUUCGAGCGACUAGGACUGGGUGACCAUACGGUUGUGGUGAACAUGAUGGUGACUAAAGUGGGCAAUAAUCUGAAAUUUUGGGGUGAAACCGAGGUGAUUAUUAGCAAGACUCUGGCGCUUUUCUUCGAAGUUGCAUCUGGCUACUCCUCUGGCAAGCUCCUGCUUGGUCUGGAAACGGUGCAAUAUCUUAUCGGGAACCACACUGCAGAAGAGUUUCCAUUUCUGGCGAUUCCAGCUAACACACGGCAUCGAACGACGUUCCACUCCACCAUUGCGCGGCUUAUAUUCACGACAGCUUUUGAUGAGUCUUCCGAGCGGUUUGAACGAUUUAUGGAGCCUAUCGAGAACGUUCUCAGCCAGCUUUUGCAAACACUUAACUACCGUGUGCCAGAGGUUCGCGAGGCUGUGACUGGCGUGUGCCGCGAUUUGCGGGGAAUUGUGCAGCAGACGCACAACCGACACACAUACAGCUGCAUUUUCGACUUACUGUAUCCGGCGUAUUUCCCAGUGUUUGUACGAGCUGCAGAUGAGCUGUAUGAUUACCCGGCUGUAACAACAGCUUUGCUCAAGUUUUUGCAGGAGUUGGCUUACAACAAAGCACAGCGUCUUACGUUUGACCAGAGCUCAGCCAGCGGUAUUUUGCUGUUCCGGGAGCUGAGCAGAGUUGUAGUGGCGUACGGACGGCGGAUACAACUAGUGCCGGCAGGGGAGAAUCCAUACGACGAUAAGUAUAAGGGCGUGGCACUUUGCCUGGGUAUUCUGUACCGUGCGCUAGGUGGAAAUUAUGUUAACUUUGGUGUGUUUCAGCUCUACAAUGACAAGUCUCUGGAGAACGUAUUAGAAAUCGCACUGCAGCUAGUUCUAUCUAUUCCUCACGAGGAUUUGAUGCACUAUCCGAAGGUGAAAAAUGCCUACUUUUUUUUCCUGGAGAUUUUAUUCCGCAAUCAGUUGGCGUCCGUAGUGGCAUUGGAUGACAGUAUCUUUCGCCAACUUGUACAGUCCCUACACGAAGGAAUGAGCUCGUACGACCUGGCAAUUGCUGCCCAGUGCGCAACAGCGGUGGACCAUCUAGCGUCAUUGUAUUUCCAGGAAAUGAAGAAGAAGCGAGAUACACCAGUGAAGCAUGCUUUACACGCACAUGUACAGGGUUCGCCUAACAUGUGGUCAACGUUGCUAGCAGCGUUACUGGAUAUCUUGGUGUACGGUGAGGCGAAUUCACAAUGGGCCCUUUCGCGGCCAAUCCUGAGCCUAACGCUUUGUAGCGAGGAAGCGCUCACAAAUUAUCAACAACAGUUGAGCUCUUCGCAGCCACCCGAGAAUCGUGCACAGAUAGAGGAGGCUUUUGCCGCGCUGUUUGCUGACGUACGUCCCAAUCUAGAGGCUACAAACCGCGACAAGUUUACGCAAAAGCUCGGCCUGUUCCGCAACACAUUGCGCGGCUUCCUUACGAUCCAGUAA